GUUGAUAUAUUUUAGAAAUUACAAUUAAAUUCAAGACUCGAAUAAUUUUUCAAAAUAAUUAAAUAAAAAAGUAAACAUAUUGGAAGAAUACAAAAAUAUAUAACACAAUAAUAACUAUGUUUAACUAAUAAAUAAAUAUAAGUAAUUUUCAAAAUAAAUUCACACACUCGCUUUAUGUAUACAUCAUAUUGGCAAUGACAUUAGUUUUGGACGAUCGUCUGAGAACUCAAAUGGUGAUCCCGGUUUCUAAAGAAACAUUCUUUAACACCAAGUGGAAGCCUUCUAAGGCGCCAUUAUGCGCGUACGACAUGCUUUACCAUCCUCCUGACUACAACCCCAAGUCCGCUAGAUCAGACCGUCAAGAACCGAAAAUCAUCAGGAAAAACAUUUGGAACCAAGAAUUAUAUAAAGGAAUAUCCUCAACAACUCAUUUUCGCCUCAGUAGACCUAAAUGGAAGCCUUUUGAUUUACCAACAAAGGAAUUUGUACGGAUACAAGUCAAAACCGAGAACCGAAUGCGAAUUUACAACAUUCUGGAAUGGGCUGUACUUCUCAGCGAUGGAAAACCAAGUUUGUGCGACUAAAACAUGAGUAAUGGUAUUACCUAUUGUUAAAAGUUUCCACUAAAACUGAGGAAAAUAUAAUUAUUCACCUGAUAUUAAUAUACAUUCUUUUUAAUUUUCAAAUGACCCGAAUGUGCACUACAAAGGCUAUCUGUCUAUUUAAUACGUAUGUUUCAGAAACUUUUAGUUACAGUGUGGGAUAUGGUAUAUAUAUGAUAUAUCUAUAAUAAAUGAGAGAGAAUGAGUUAUAUAAUAAAUUUAGAUAUUUUCGUUCCACUCAUAAUAUCUUUACUUCUUUUGUAAUAUAUUCGUACUUAUGUCAAUUUAUAUUACUGUUAGAAAAUAUUUUGUUGUCCGUUAAA